CGGCACACAUGAGUUGUCAAACAGGUUAGUCUUGUGCUGCUCGGUGGUUUCAAACAUAUUCACACUCACACUUUUGUUUCAGUGCAGAAACAGAGUGGAGUGUCGCCUGGUCUGACGUGAGGACUUCACAGGUGUCUGAGGACGGGAGCUCAGCAGUAGGAAGUCCUGAAAUUCAGCUGAAAUGCUGCAGCCACAUCUUCAGAAAUGAAGGUGACCGUGCGGCGGCUGUGCAGACAUACAAAGAAAGGAUAAAGUCGUGAUUCCUGCAUUUGGCUGUAAAAGAGAAAGAGUCAAGGAGGCGGUAAGAUUGCAAGUUUUCACAAAAUGCCUUUGGAGACUCUCCAGCGCCCAGUCAGGCAGACGGCGAGGACCCCUGCGGCUGCUACACCCCCACGCUUGCGGCCCAAAGGGCCAGUGGGGCCAGACUUCUAUCGGCAGUGCCCAGCAGCUGUAGGCAGGCCAAAGCAGAGUGCAGUGGAGAGGCUGGAGGCAGACAAGCCUAAAUACGUCAAGAGUCAGGUGGCUCUUACCAAGCAGCAGCCGGUGAGGCCUUCUGAAGUGACGAAGCCUCUGCUGAGCCCCGGUACUGCACUGCGGCCCACCAGGAAGACCCCCACCAAGACAAAAACACGGCCGGAGGGUGUCCAACUGGACUUGGAGCACCUGACUAACCUCAUCAGCAAUGUGAAUGAUGUACCCCCGAUGGCCACCAUAAGCCCAGAGGACCAUAAAGUCCAUGACUGUGUCACCACUUCACACAGCUCCCCUCGUCCUGCACCUCUAGCGGCACCACAGAAAAAGGAGCGACCGCGUCCACCUCCUCGUCCUGACUGGUCCACUCCAGCAAAGGUGCGAUUAAAGGCUUCUGGGUCUGACAAGGUGGAAAGUCUAGGCUCUCCAGGAUCAACGGCUGCAGGGACAGUGCGUAGAGUGGACGUCAUGCCUCAGGCCAGACCCGUGAGGACACGCUGCGGACCAGCUCAGUUCAUGCGGCAGCCACUACACCCCAUACCUUUACAUCCCCAGUUUCCACUCCGCCCGGCUGUUUCUCACCUGCGUCUCUUCCAUCCACGAACAACACCAGGCUCUUCGCCUCUAAAGCCUGUUGUUGUUGUUGUUGUUCCAUCUAAGCCUGAAAACCCUCCCUCCUCUCCAGCUGUAACCCCUGCAGCUGCUCCUCCCAACCUCAGCAUCCCUGUAUUCCCUCCUCCCUCCCCGGCAGUCACCCGUUUGUCCUCCUCCAGCUCCAGGAAGCGCCCGUCUCUGACCCGCUCCAAAUCAGACAUGAGCGAUCGAUACUCCAGACCCGGGAUGGAGCAGGAGCGCUUCUUCAAUCUGUGCGGUUUGGACCCUGCGGACCUGCAGGAGUGGGUUGGAUCUAGUUCUGACAUUGUUUCCCUCGCACGUUUUCGCAGUGUGAGUGCUCCGGGGUCUGAGUGUGCAGGCUCCGGCAGAGAGGUUGAGGAUGCGGAGGAGGAGGAGGCUGCUGCUGGUAACACUGCAGAACGUGUUCCCUAUGGUGUUUCUGUCAUUGAGAGAAAUGCAAGAGUGAUCAAAUGGCUGUUUGGACUCCGCCAGAGCAAGGACACGGCAAAUAAAAGCACCAACUUAUAGGAUGAUGUCCAAAAGAAAUUCAAAAUCUCAUGCUUGAACUAGUGGUACGCUUAUGAGGUGACAUAAUGGUGGCCAAGAAAGUCCUUUUUUUUUUUUUUUAUUAUUAAUAUUUUAAAUUUUCUGUUGCUUUUGUGUCGAGUCUCUCAAAGAGGCCGUUACCAUUGUUAUUAUUACAGUUGCUGUUGAAAUGACAGAUGACAUUCUGCUGUAAAUGGACCUCAUUAAAGAGAAUGUGAGAGCA